ACAGGCUGCGCACCCUCUCCUCCCCUCACUGUGGCGUUGGAUGCAGCCCAUUUAUUAAGGAACCCCUCCCCCUCUCCUCAUCGCCUCACUCUCACCCUCAUGACCUCUAUAAAUCGGAUCGGAUAUCCCACGGCAGAAGCCCGCAACUCGUAGAACUAGCAGUAUAUAUUUAUAACCUCUCUCACUCUAGCAGUAUACAGCGGCAAGAGCAGUGGUGGGAGAUAGAGAGUUUACAGUGAAGAUGGAGGUGCAGCCGGAGCUAUCGCUGGGGCCGACGUCGACGCUGGUGUCGGCAGGCUUCGCCAUCGCCAAGAGCCUCAGGAGCUCGUCCUCGGACUCGGACGGCAACAGCGGCGGCGGGAAGAAGAGGAAGAACUUCGCCUGGGAGGAGGCCCUGUCCCAUGCAAGCUGCCUGGAGCUACAGCUCGGCGAUCCCCUGCCCCUGGAUUGGGAGCAGUGCCUCGACCUACAUUCUGGGAGGAUGUACUACCUGAACAGGAAGACCAUGAAGAAGAGCUGGGUGAGGCCCAAGUCCAUGGAGGAGCAGGGCACCGUGAACCUGGAGCUCAACAUCUCGACAACCCCGUCCACCUUCGACGGCAAGGCGAGCCCCACCACUAUCGCAGAUGACACCAAGAGCAUGAGCAGCAGCAUCACCUCCGGCAGCCACAUGGUGGCCGUGCCGUGCGUCAACUGCCACCUGCUCGUCAUGCUCUGCAAGUCUUCCCCGGCAUGCCCCAACUGCAAGUUCGUGCAGCCUUCGGUGCCGGCGAUGCCGCAGACGCCUCCACGCCGGCUUGACACCAUCAAGCCACUGGAGACCCUAAGCCUCCUGCACUAGCAAGCUCGCAGGCAGGUGACUGUAGAAAAGGGAGACAGCAAGCAAGUAAAAGCAAAAAACCCAAAACUAGUGGUGAUAGAUGAGCAAGAUGGGGAUGUAUGGAUAUAACUUGUACGAGUGCUGCAAAAGCUACAAUGCUACAAUGCAAGAGAGGCGAUCAAGUAGUAAUUAUGCAAAAUUAAUUUAA